UUUCUUGCUAGCUGUUUGUCACUUGAAAAUCAGUCAUGAAAAAUAUUAUUGGAAAAAGUUGGCGUGACUCUGCUUCGUUAAUAGUGCUCACAAAGCGGAAUAGCGAAGUGUUAUCGCGCGCUGAAGAUCGUGGCAAUGUUAAUUACGACAUAUUGUUACAGACUCGAACGAGUAAGGGUACGUUUGCCAACAGCGUGGUGUUUCCCGGCGGAGUCACCGAGUCCGUGGACGGAAGCAGCCGCUGGUGGGACUUGUUCAGGUCCUUCGGCUACUCGAAUAAAGAUUUCGAAGUAUUUCACCGCCCCAACACCAUAACUUCGGAGAUCUUCAAAAACAAUCCCAUACAAAGACAUCUACAGCUGAGAAUAACGGCAAUUAGAGAAACAUUUGAGGAACUGGGUCUCUUGAUCUGCAGUCGGGAUAGGAAGGAGAGUAGAGAUGAUAAUCUAUAUGCAAAUGUCAUAGAAGGUGUUGAUCUAAAACAUUGGCAAAAUCGGGUAAGCAAAAACCCUGAGGACUUGAUCACCCUGUGUGAAGAGCACCAGUGCUACCCGGAUAUUUGGUCCUUGUACUAUUGGAGCAACUGGCUCACUCCCAUCACACUCCCCAAGAGGUUUGACACUGCAUUCUUCAUUGCUGCAAUAAAAAAUAAACCUGAAUAUCUUAGGAGCUCCUCCGAAGUGGUUGAAGUAGAGUGGCUCCCUCCUCAAGAAGUUUUAAAUAGUGAAAGGAAAUUGCAACCGCCACAGGUUUAUGAAUUGCUCCGACUGUCCCAUGUGAAGGAUAUUGAAGAGCUAAUCACAUUUGCCUGUGAGAGGAGUGGUCAUGGUACUCACUUGUCAUAUCCAUUUGUUGUAAAAGCUAAGGAUGGCGUAUUGUUUGCAUUACCUGGUGAUGACUUAUACCCUUCAAGUGUAGACUACAACGACAAUACAACUAAAUAUAUAGACCAAACUAUAUUAGAGUUAAGAGAAUCUUCUAAAUCAGUUCAUAGAAUUGAAUCUAAGAAAAACAGUAGAUGCUUAGUUAUUCAGAAUUACAAACCAGAACAUCACAUUGAAAUGGAGAACAAAGCCUAUAAAGGUUUUACUACAGCUUAAAAUACAAUUUGUAAUUCCAGUUCAUGCCUUAAACUUGGCCUUAUUAGCAAUAUAAUAAGAACAGGUAUUGGUUCUAGUGCUAAAUCACAAGGUGUAGGUACAUUAGACAGUAACAAUGGCGGGCUCCGGGCACACGUGGCCCAACAGCCAGGACGACUACGAGCUCCUGGACGUCAUCGGCGUCGGCGCCACCGCCGUAGUGCACGCCGCCUACUGCCGCCCGCGCAACGAGAAGUGCGCCAUCAAGCGCAUCAACCUCGAGAAGUGGAACACGUCCAUGGACGAGCUCCUCAAGGAGAUCCAAGCCAUGUCCAGCUGCAACCACGAGAACGUCGUCACCUACUACACCAGCUUCGUGGUUAAAGAGGAGCUGUGGCUCGUGCUCCGACUGCUCGAGGGCGGCAGCUUGCUCGACAUUAUCAAACAUAAAAUGAGGAUAUCUAACUGCAAACAUGGUGUCUUCGACGAGGCCACCAUCGCCACCGUACUCAAAGAAGUGCUUAAGGGACUAGAGUACUUCCACCAGAAUGGACAGAUACACAGAGAUAUUAAAGCUGGUAACAUUUUACUUGGUGAUGACGGUAUCGUCCAGAUCGCAGAUUUUGGUGUAUCUGCGUGGCUUGCAACCGGCCGGGAUCUCUCACGACAAAAGGUUAGGCACACGUUCGUAGGCACGCCGUGCUGGAUGGCGCCUGAAGUGAUGGAGCAAAACCACGGCUAUGAUUUCAAAGCCGAUAUUUGGUCAUUCGGAAUUACAGCUAUAGAAAUGGCUACUGGCACUGCACCAUAUCACAAGUAUCCGCCCAUGAAGGUACUCAUGCUUACCCUACAAAACGAUCCGCCCACGCUCGACACUGGCGCCGAAGAGAAGGACCAGUACAAGGCGUACGGUAAAACGUUCAGGAAAAUGAUAUUCGAGUGUCUGCAGAAAGACCCUGCAAAACGACCGACGGCUACCGAACUGUUAAAGCACUCGUUCUUUAAGAAGGCGCGCGAUCGCAAGUAUCUAGUGUCCACUCUGGUGACAAUCGGACCCAGCAUGGAGACACGUGUACACAAGGCCAGUCGAAGGCAGCCCGGCGCGUCGGGGCGUCUGCAUCGCAUGGAGACCGGAGAGUGGGUGUGGGAGAGCGAGGAGGAGGACGACGACGAGGACGACGCGGCGCGGGACCGGCCCAUGAACACGCUGGAGCGCGCCGACAGCUCGGACAGCGACGACGACCGCGCCGCCUUCACCAUCGGCUCGGCCGGCGCACCCGACGCGCGACAGGCGCCACUCAUCAACCUCGUGCUGCGCAUGCGCAACGCGCGAAACGAACUCAACGACAUUCGCUUCGAGUUCGCGGCGGGCAAGGACUCUGCGGACGGCAUCGCCACGGAGCUGGUGGGCGCGGGGCUGCUGGACGCGCGCGACGCCGACGUGACGGCGCGCCAGCUGCAGCGGCUGGUGGACGACUUCCUGUUCCCGGCGGCCGGCGCCACCGCGCCGCGCUCGCUCACCUUCCGCCUCAACUCGGCGCCGCCCGAGCCCGAGGACGAGCAGAGCCUCAUCGGCUUCGCGCAGAUUUCCAUUGUGGACUGACCGGUGCCGCCGACCCGACUAUAUAAUAUAUUAUCUAUGCUUAGGACCUCCUACGUAUUUUAUGGGUGGAUAUGGAAUUAUAUUAGUUGUAUACCGUUUAUGCGGUGGUGAUUUUUGUGGACCGAUGGCCCCGAGGCGCGGCGACGUGUCGUAGCUCGGCGCGUCAAUGUACUCCCCGCUGCCUCCGGGCCGUGCUCUGCGCAGUGCGCAUCGAGUCGUCUGUAUACGAAAACUAUCGCCGCGUAGCUCAAAUGAAUGUAUAUUUUACAUUAUGAUUAUAAGGGUGAAUCUGAAUUUAUAAGAGUAUUUUUUGUGAUCGUACCGUGUCAAUUUUGCUGCUUUCCAACACUGUAAUCGAUUAACUCGGGCCCACAUUCGCAAAUAUUGCAAGCUAUACCAAGGAUGACAAUGUAUGACCUGAUAGAUUGCGCAAAUAGAAUGAAUACAUCCAACAUGUAAGUUAGCACUUCUAGCAUAAAUUAUACUUGUUUAUAAUAAAAAGCUACCUAUUACUGUAAUUCUUAUUACUUUAUAACAACUUCCAAGUGCCAUAUUUAUGAAAUAUGAAUGGAUUAAAUAAAAAUCGUAUACUGUAAGUCGACAGUGAUAUAAAAUUGCAUAUAAUAAAUCAUUACAGUGUUAAUUUAAAUAGCAGGUCUAUAUAGCACCAUAGAAUGUUCUUUUUACAUUGUUAUUUGUUUGUUGCUUAUUUUGGAAGUAUUUUAAUAAUAAAAGAUGAAAUCGA